AUGAAGCUUAUAUGCAUACUGCUUUUGCUCGGUGAGCAUUUUUGUUCUCAUAUAUAUUUAUAUAUAUUUUAAAUAUUUUUCUUAUGAAUGCAUUCGUCAAUAAUAUUAGGCCAUUUGACUUCGCAAAUAAGCGUGCGUGUCUCAGCGCUUAUUAGUCACAACGCAAUAACAAUCUGCUCAAUAUGGAGAGAAAACCUGGCAUUAAGCGUGUGUUCAUGCACUCUACAAUCAAUCUACUAAAUCUACCUGAGCAUGAAGUUUAUUUGUUUAGAUCGCCUUUUAUUUACUCGGUUAUCCUUUGCGUAUGCCUGCUUACCACACUUUAUGUUGUGCAUUACAAAUAAAUAAUGCCGACUUUCAGGAAGCUGCUUUGCAGUUGAUUACAAGGUCGGUCAGAAAACGAGCUUUUACCGGUUUCUAUUCAGUCCUCCGGUCAAGGAGGUAGGUUUUUACCUUCAUUGAUGUAGCAAUUCAAUGACAGCUAACGAAUUGCAUAAAAGUUAACUUACCAUCUCGAAAUAUACUAUGCCCACAUUUAUUGGACAUGUUAUUUUGUGGCCUACUUACUAAGACUCAAGUUUUAAACCACUGUUUUAGAUCAUAAACUCCUCUUCUACAAUCAAACGAGAUAAUUGCAAGCCGGGGGUUUUCUGCUUCCAGAUAUUUAACGGUAUGCUUACGGAAAACAUACAAACUUAUAUAUAAGUGAAUCGGUAGAUCUACAUUUCCCUUCUGUUUUUAGCAAAAAGAGGUGCUAUUCUGCACGGACAGAUUUCCGAAGCCGUAUCUGCGAUAACGUUCUAUGUUCGUAACAUCAAAUCCCCACAAGCCUUUGUGAUAAAUGCAAAGGGCGUGCCAAAACAAGGUAGGUUUGGUUACAUUCUAUAAUGCUUACCUCAGCGAAGGGAAUUAGUGAAAUUUCAGCAUAUUUCACUGUCCAAUACACUGGACAAAUUUACAGGCCAUCAUAGGAGAUAGGAGAGUUCUUUAGUUUAUAUCAGUCCAAAGACUGUAGAGCGGUAAUUUAUCAAUCAACACUGUGCAUUUCACUAAAGCGUUCUGCAGCAAUCAUCAAUUAAAUUUCAGAUUUGAAAUGCUUAGCUGUGUAGUUAGCGUGUUUCCGUGUUCAUUUGUCAACAUUCGCAUAAACACCUAUAUGAUUGUUUUCACUCCUAAAUCACUGGCCCAGCAUCUUGCAUCGUUCUGUGAGGAAUUUUUUUCAAAAUGUCCUCAUGUUAGAACCAAAACUCCCGAAAGGCGCAGUCGUCAGGGAAACCCUGGAGGUUGACCGCGGAUAUUCGUUUUCCUAUCUCAUUAUUUUUAAGAAUGACGUUCAGGUACGAUAAAAUUGCUUAAAAUUGUACUUCUUUGUCCGUAGAAAAACAAGUGUCUUGUGUCAUAAAUUCUUUAUUUUCUUAAAAUUCUUAAGAAAAUCGAAGUCUCUGGAGGGGCCAAAUUGGCAGGGCCUAGCUACAAACCGCCAUCUCUGGCAGUAUACAGCCCACUCUGUAUGUCUUUGUAA